AUGGAUCUCAAAGUGGAAACCGAGGAAAUGGACUCGAAUCAACCUCCUCCCUUAGAAGUUUUUGCGCACAGCUCGACCCUGCACGGAAUCUCCCACAUCUUCACGUACGAGCGGUUCUGCAUCAAACGCUGCCUGUGGGUCGUGUUCUUCCUGGGUUCCCUUACCUUCUUGCUGUACGUGUGCGUGGACCGGAUCCACUUUUACCUCGAGUACCCGCACGUCACCAAACUGGACGAGGUCACGACCCCGAUCAUGACGUUCCCCGCGGUCACCUUCUGCAACCUGAACGCGUUCCGGUUCAGCCGGGUUACGCGCAACGACCUGUACCACGCAGGGGAGCUGCUGGCCCUGCUCAACCAGAGGUAUGAGAUCAGGGACAUACACCUUGUGGAGGAAAGCGUUCUGGAGAGCCUGAAGGUCAAAGCUGACUUCCACAAUUUCAAGCCGCGACCCUUCAACAUGCGAGAAUUCUACGACCGCACCGGCCACGACAUCAGCGACAUGCUGCUGUCCUGCCACUUCCACGGCACCGAGUGCAGAGCAGAGGACUUCAAAGUGGUCUUUACUCGCUAUGGGAAAUGUUACACCUUUAAUGCCGGCGGUGAUGGACGUCCUCCCCUCAUCACCACCAAGGGAGGUAUGGGUAAUGGACUGGAGCUCAUGCUGGACAUUCAGCAGGAUGAAUAUCUGCCAGUCUGGGGAGAAACAGAUGAAACUUCAUUCGAAGCUGGAGUCAAAGUUCAGAUCCACAGUCAGGAUGAGCCGUCCUUCAUUGACCAGCUCGGGUUCGGAGUGGCACCCGGGUUCCAGACAUUUGUUUCCUGUCAGGAACAGAGGCUCAUAUAUCUCCCUCCACCAUGGGGAGACUGCAAGGUGACGCCCAUGAAUUCAGACUUCUUUGAUAGUUACAGCAUCACAGCCUGUCGCAUUGACUGUGAAACGCGCUAUCUGGUGGACAACUGCAACUGCCGCAUGGUGCACAUGCCUGGCGAUGCACCCUACUGCACCCCCGAGCUGUACAAAGAAUGUGCUGACCCAGCUCUCGAUUUCCUGGUGGAAAGAGACAAUGAUUUCUGUGUGUGUGAGACGCCGUGCAACAUGACCAGAUACAGCAAAGAGCUGUCCUUUGUCAAGAUCCCCAGCAAGGCCUCUGCCAAAUAUCUAGCAAAGAAAUACAACAAAUCUGAGCAGUAUAUUAAGGAGAAUAUCCUGGUUUUAGACAUUUUCUUUGAGGCUCUCAACUAUGAAACCAUUGAACAGAAGAAAGCCUAUGAAGUGGCUGGACUUUUAGGUGAUAUCGGUGGUCAGAUGGGUCUAUUUAUUGGGGCGAGCAUACUGACCAUUCUUGAGAUAUUUGACUACCUUUAUGAGGUGAUAAAGUACAGGUUGUGUCGCUGCUCCAAUAAGAAGCACAAGCACAACAACAACAACGACCAGACGACGGUCCUGAGCUUAGAUGACGUCAAGUGUCACGUCAGUAACUUUCACUAG